GUCAUCAUCAUCAGUAUGCGCGUCGACAGAAAGCGAGGCAUCGGAGCUACGUCUUCCGCAUCCAAAUUGAAUGGCAUCUUUCAUGCCGCUCUACUCGAACAUGAGUUUCAAAGGGCAGAUUAUUUGGACUCGCCUAGAAAAGUUCCAAGUGAGUCCCGCUGCUCCGACAAAGAGGAUGAAUCUGCGAUAGAUGCGAGUUCGUCCUUUCAAUCAAUUGGCGCGAUUAGCACGUCGAACGAGACGCGAGAAACUUCGGACGUCGGGAGAUACGAUACGCCAUCAUCCGAGAGCAGUACAAUUGAAUCACUCGGAUAUUCUACUUUAUACAAAUAUAAAAAGCCCUACAGUCUUUCUAUCAAUAAUCGUGCGUAUUUUAAAAACUCAAGCAAUGCGCGAGAGAGUGUUCUUGAGGACGAGCCCCGGGAGGGAAGAGCGAGGCGAAGCAUCCUCUUGAGUUGCCGAGAAUAUUUAGCUAAUUAUCAGGAAUCCUGCGGUACACCGCGUACCGAAUAUUCCUACGCCGCCUUGAUCACAGUAAUGGCUCAAGCUACCGCACGAUCUCUCUGGGCUUUGAUGUACAUCUUUGUAAAUGUCGCCCCCGUUAUUCAGAUGUUUUCCUUCGUGCUGAGAUUCGUGUUGGACAAAACGAUCAACAUACGCAGGACCGAGGGCGUUCAGCAAACGAUAAUCAAAUCCGCGAUACUCCUCGUGCAGUUGCUCAGCGUGUACAUUUGCCUCGUGUUCAUCCUUGGCUUUCUCGUUCUGCCGAUCGUUCAAAUGGCGGUCGGCAUCGCGACGAAAUUCGCGAUGCGCGACUGAGAUUCGCAAUUAAAAAAUAACUUGGCAAAUAAAGCCGUGACGACGCUAUA